UCUCGUUCACUGUCUCUGUUGGAAAACAACACUUGCAGUUAAUUCCGGUAGGUACUAGUCCUGAGGAUUCCACACACGCGCACAAAGAGAAAGCGGGAGAGGAAGAUGGAAGUGGAGGACGCAACAGUGGUUGACGGUGGCGAAGAGGUGGACGUCGGAGGAGACGGUGGGAGCGGCGACGAGGCGGUGGUGGUUGUGGGCGGAGGAGGCGCGCAAGGGGGCAGAGACAGGGUGAAGGGUCCGUGGUCUCCCGAGGAGGACGCGGUACUGAGUCGGCUGGUGAGCAAGUUCGGGGCGAGGAAUUGGAGCCUGAUCGCCCGCGGAAUCGCCGGCCGAUCCGGCAAGUCUUGCCGGCUCCGGUGGUGUAAUCAGCUAGACCCCGCCGUGAAGCGCAAGCCCUUUACUGAUGAGGAGGAUCAGAUCAUAGUUGCAGCGCAUGCAAUUCAUGGAAACAAAUGGGCAGCAAUUGCAAGGCUUUUACCGGGAAGAACAGAUAAUGCUAUCAAGAACCACUGGAAUUCUACCCUAAAGCGUCGGUGUGUGGAGUUUGGCAAGAUUAAGUUAGAAUCUAGUAUGCUUGAUGAUGUUAGCUUAGACAAAACCAAGGCAUCAUCUGAAGAAACCAUGUCAUUUGGGGAUGUCAAUUCAUUCAAAUCCUUCGAAGGGAGAGAUAUAAGCUCUGUAGAGAUUAUGGAUGAGCAGAAUGAAGACAAGGUGCCAAUAGAGGGUCAUUUUCGUCAGGAAGCCAAAGACCAGCCUACUCUUUUUCGGCCUAUUGCACGUGUUAGUGCUUUUAGUGUAUAUAACCCUUCAGAUAGCUUAGAUCCUGCAUCUUCUUUCCCAAGGCCAGUUCCAAUGCAAGGACCUCUGAUUCAAGCAUCAAAACCAGAUGUUGAGAGUUGCAAGUUAUUUGAAGGAGUCUAUGGUGAGCGGUUGGUGCCUCAUAAUUGUGGCCAUGGUUGUUGCGGGACAGAAAGUGAUAGAAAUCCUGGAAGUUCUUUGCUGGGGCCAGAAUUUGUUGAAUUCACAGAGCCUCCAUCCUUCCCAAGUUUUGAAUUGGCUGCAAUAGCCACAGAUAUAAGUAACCUUGCUUGGCUUAAAAGUGGGUUAGAGAAUAGCAGUGUCAGAGCGAUGGGUGAUGCAGCUGGCAGAAUUGUAUCUCAUGGAUCUCAAGUGCAAAUGGGGCGUUUUGAAGAGAGUAGAGUGAAUGACCAUUUUUGUUUUGAUGAGGGGAACAACAGGUUAAUGGGCAUGAAGACCAAUGUACUAUCAACGUAGACUGGUAAGAAACCAUUUUCUUUUUGCGGGUUGAAGUCGAGUGGGGAUUGGAUUAAAUUAAAUGAUUAUAUCUCCAUGUUAAAAGGUGACUUCUCAAGGUAACAGAUCUAGAAGAAAAUUUGUUUAACUGUGAUCUUUGUGAUGGUAUUGUGUAGAAGACUUACCUGAGCACCAUUCUAAGUCAUGGAUUAUGGAAAAGAGAAGAAAUCAAUUAGAGCUUUUCCAGUUGCCCUUCUAUUAGCUUGGGCGCCUGUAUCAUUAUUCUUAAUGACUAGUUUCUUGGUGUGUUACAGGAGGCAAACUUUAUCUGGUACCAAGGCAUGAAGCAUUGCUUUAUGGUUUCAUUGAUUGGAUGCAAAUUGGAAUAGAAAGGUUUGGCAAUCUA